GCUCAGGCUGGCCCAUCUCGUCUCUUCACGGUGCCCAGACCUUGCCCCACUUUCACCCCACUGAAGUCCAGUCCCAGGUGGAGCCGGGACCAGACGGAACGAAACCGACUCAGCGGUGCUUCCUUCACGAACCAGAUACCGUAACGCCUAGAACCCGAAGAUCCAGACAACUGUAAGGAGGAGGCGACUUUUCGCAGAAAAUAGAUUUGGGCCGAGAAGGCCUCUGGGAAAUGUAGUCCGGGGCAGGAAAACUGCGGACCUUUUCAGAUUCGUCUCAGCACCAAGUGGCACUCCCUGGCUCCGAGGGCCGGACUCACUGGAGGCAGCUGCCGCAAAACUCUCAGCUGAGGCCCCUCGGCAGAUCUGAGAGCCCCUCAACGCAGCGGUUGGUUAUUCCCGCUACUCGUCAACUGGAGGGCUAGUCCCGCCCCGGCGAGCCGCGAGGGGCUCUGGGAAGAGUUAUCCUGCGUCUAACGGACCGAGGCUUGUGCUGCCUUCGGCCACAGCCGGCACUGACCUUAAUGGAUUACCUAACUCGGGCUGCACCGGCUGUGCCACUUGGGCGGCGCUGAGGUUCUUCAGGUACUGAGGAUUCAUUCAUUCAUCCACUCACCAUUUAUUGAAUGCUGCGUGUGACAGGAAUAAUUAUAGAUACUUGGGAUAUAGCAUUGAACAAAGGAGACAAACUCUCUGCUAUCAUGGUACUUACAUUGUUGUGGGCCAGAUAAUAAAUGAGCUCUGCCUUCUCAGGCCCAGUCCACUCCCAGAAAGAAAAGGAAAUGACUGAGUUGCAGGGAACAGUGACAUUCAAAGAUGUGGCUAUUGACUUCACUGAGGAAGAGUGGCAGCAGUUGGAUCCUGCUCAAAGGAACCUGUACCGGAAUGUGAUGCUAGAAAACUAUAACAACUUAAUCACUGUGGGAUGUCCAUUCACCAAACCUGAUGUGAUUUUCAAGUUGGAGCAAGAAGAAGAACCAUGGGUGGUGGAGGAAGAAGUGUCAAAGAGACAUUGUCCAGGAGAAAUAUGGGGGAUGGAUGAGCAUCAGAAAAUCCAGGACAGACUUUUGACACAACUUGAAGAUAAAUUCACAAAAACACUGACUGAAGAAAAAGUGAAUGACUGUCAUAAGAAAUUAGCAAAUGCAUUUUCUCCAAACUCAGACUUUUUUCCUUCCAGUCACAAUCUCUAUAAAUACGACUUAUUUGGAAAGUGUUUAGAACAUAAUAAUUUCAACUGUUAUAAUGAGAGAAUCCUUAUAAGAAAAGAACAUUGUGACUAUAACGAACCUAUGAAAUCAUUUGGCAAUAGCUUAUCCCAUCUUGUAGUAACCCCCUUUAAGUGUAAUCAUUGUGGAAAAGGUUUUGAUCAAACUUUGGACCUCAUCAGACACCUGAGAAUUCAUACUGGAGAGAAACCCUAUGAAUGUAAAAAAUGUAGAAAAGCCUUCAGCCAAAAGGAAAAACUCAUUAAACAUCAUAAAAUCCACAGUAGGGAGCAGUCUUAUGAAUGUAAUGAAUGUGGGAAAGCUUUCAUUAAAAUGUCAAAUCUCAUUAGACAUCAAAGAAUCCAUACUGGAGAGAAACCCUAUGCAUGUAAGGAGUGUGGGAAAUCCUUCAGCCAGAAAUCAAAUCUCAUUGAUCAUGAAAAAAUUCAUACUGGAGAGAAACCUUAUGAAUGUAAUGAGUGUGGAAAAGCAUUCAGCCAGAAGCAAAGCCUCAUUGCACAUCAGAAAGUUCAUACUGGGGAGAAACCUUAUGCAUGUAAUGAAUGUGGUAAAGCCUUCCCUCGAAUAGCAUCUCUUGCUCUUCAUAUGAGAAGUCAUACAGGAGAGAAACCUUAUAAAUGUGAUAAAUGUGGAAAAGCCUUCUCUCAGUUUUCCAUGCUUAUUAUACAUGUGAGAAUUCAUACAGGUGAGAAACCUUAUGAAUGUAAUGAAUGUGGAAAAUCCUUCUCUCAAAGCUCAGCCCUUACUGUACAUUUGAGAAGUCAUACUGGUGAGAAACCUUAUGAAUGUAAGGAAUGUAGAAAAGCCUUCAGCCACAAAAAGAACUUCAUUACACACCAGAAGAUUCAUACUAGAGAGAAACCUUAUGAAUGUAAUGAAUGUGGGAAAGCUUUCAUUCAGAUGUCAAAUCUUGUUAGACACCAGAGAAUUCACACUGGAGAAAAACCCUAUAUAUGUAAGGAAUGUGGCAAAGCCUUUAGCCAGAAAUCAAAUCUCAUUGCUCAUGAAAAAAUUCAUUCUGGAGAGAAACCCUAUGAAUGUAAUGAAUGUGGUAAAGCCUUCAGCCAAAAGCAAAACUUUAUUACACAUCAGAAAGUUCACACUGGAGAGAAACCUUAUGAUUGUAAUGAAUGUGGUAAAGCCUUCUCUCAAAUUGCUUCCCUUACUCUUCAUCUGAGAAGUCACACAGGAGAAAAGCCUUAUGAAUGUGAUAAAUGUGGGAAAGCUUUCUCUCAGUGCUCAUUGCUUAAUUUACAUAUGAGAAGUCAUACAGGUGAGAAACCCUAUGUAUGUAAUGAAUGUGGAAAAGCUUUCUCUCAAAGAACUUCCCUUAUUGUACAUAUGAGAGGUCAUACAGGUGAGAAACCUUAUGAAUGUAAUAAAUGUGGAAAAGCCUUCUCCCAGAGUUCCUCCCUUACUAUACAUAUACGAGGUCAUACAGGUGAGAAACCCUUCGACUGUAGUAAAUGUGGAAAAGCCUUUUCUCAAAUCUCAUCUCUUACACUUCAUAUGAGAAAACAUACAGGUGAGAAGCCUUAUCGUUGUAAUGAGUGUGGUAAGGCUUUCAGCCAAAAGUCACACCUUGUUAGACACCAGAGAAUUCAUACUCAUUAGAAAUAGAAACUCUAUGAAUCUUGUGAAUAUGGAAAAGCCUUCGGAAGGAAUUAGCACCUCCUUGCACAUUACAUUAUCGGAUCUAGAGCAGAAAACUGAAUGUGGGAAAGCCGUUUGAAGAAGUCACAUUUGUGACACAGUUCUCACCAAGGAGACAAAUUGUGUAAUGAGAAAGCUGAUCGUCAGAAAUCUUCAGCAGACAUCUUAUCUAACGAUAAUAUUUAUCCAGCAUUCUCUUUAAAACCUGAAGUAAGAUAUUUGCAUCAGCAUGUCAGCAUGAUACUUGAGCUCCUAGCCAAUCUCUUAACCAAGAAAAAGAAGAUUGGAGAAAAAAAAAACUCUUAAAAUAACCUCUCAUACUAGAAUAGUUAAUUAGAAAA